CACUUACAUAUUUUCCGCGGUAGCUUAGUCCCGUUGGUUUCGUCGUCAAUCUCUCGUUCUCCGAUUUGCUGCUAUUUCUUAUUUUUUUCUUUCUAAAACCCCAAUUUUUCCUAUUACAUCCGCUUCUUUCUUUCUUUUCCGAUUCGACGACCCUGUCCUGCAUUAAGGAGAAUAAUUUUAUUCAACCUUUGUAUUUGCGUUUUUUUGGAAUGUCUCGUGGCUCAGAGACGUCACUUGCUCCUGGGUUCCGUUUUCACCCAACGGAAGAAGAACUCGUUUGUUACUAUCUGAAACGAAAGAUCUGUAAUAAACCCUUUAAAUUCGAUGCCAUCUCGGUCACCGAUGUCUACAAAUCCGAGCCGUGGGAUCUCCCAGACAAGUCGAAGCUGAAAAACAGAGACUUGGAGUGGUACUUCUUCAGUGUGCUUGAUAAGAAGUAUUCAAAUGGAUCGAAGACGAACCGUGCCACUGAGAAGGGAUACUGGAAGACGACUGGGAAAGAUCGGGAGAUUCGUAAUGGGUCAAGAGUCGUAGGGAUGAAGAAGACUCUUGUUUAUCACAAAGGUCGAGCUCCUCGUGGCGAAAGAACCAAUUGGGUUAUGCACGAGUAUCGGUUGGUUGAUGAAGACCUCGAGAAAGCUGGUGUUCAGCAAGGUGCCUAUGUGCUUUGUAGGAUAUUCCAUAAGAGUGGAACAGGUCCUAAAAACGGAGAACAGUACGGUGCUCCGUUUCUUGAGGAGGAGUGGGAGGAGGAGGAUGAUAUGACUUACGUUCCUGAUCAAGCUCCUGCAAGUGAAGAUCAUGUUUAUGUCGACGUGGAUGAUAUUGUUCAGAAGCCUCACAACCUUGUGGUCUAUGACGCUGUUCCUAUUCCGUUGGACUUUAAUCUCGGGGAGUCCAGCGAUAAUGUUGAAACUAAUUACUCAGACUCCGUAAACUAUAUUCAACCAGGAAACUGUGUGCACUCUAAUGGCUACUUCGAACGACCAGCGGAGUUCUCUGAGGAAGAGCAGAAGUCUAUCAUCCGUGAUGGUAGAUUGUUUUCGGAUGAAGAAAACGGCUGUGGUGUCAAGAACGAGAGCACAGAAAAUUUGCAAUCUUCUGACAACAUCUUUGAGACUGAUACAUCACACUUCAAUGAUUUUCCGGUUGAGAGCAACUACUUUACCGGUGAGGCGUUUCUGGAUCCGAGCAGUAAUCUUCCGCAGAACGAUGGUCUGUACCUGGAAACGAAUGAUCUCAGCAGUACUCAGCAAGAUGGUUUCGACUUUGAAGAUUAUCUUACCUUCUUUGAUGAGGACGAUGAGAAUGCUCAAAACUUGACUUUCGAUCCUUCUCAACUGAUGGGAACUGAUGAUGUUAUUGCCGAUCAAGAAGAGCCCCUUGAAAAGGCCGAGACUGAGAAAUUAGAAAAAGAGGAAAGCUCAGGAGGCAAACAAUUGAUGGGAGAAAAGGAAAUGGAUGCAGCAUCUUGUAUGAAACUAGUCGAUGCAGAUGCAACAGAGCUCGAGCCAGAUUACAAGGAUCCGUUCCUCAAGAAGGCAAGCCACAUGUUGGGCGCUAUCCCCUCUCCGCCUGCAUUUGCUUCUGAGUUCCCAACAAAGGAUGCAGCUAUCAGGCUACAUGCAGCACAAUCAUCUGGUUCGGUUCAUGUAACCGCAGGUCUGAUCACAAUAUCAGACAGCUACAUGGGCUGGUCAUACCGCAAAAACGGGAAUUUUGACUUAAUCUUUUCUUUCGGGUUGGUCCAAGAGAAUGGGAUUGAGAAAUCAGGAAAUAGUUUAACAAGGGCAAUGUUAAUGUCCAUGUGUUUCUGGUUCCUCGUACUUUCAGUUAGUUUCAAAGUAAGCACUUUGGUCUCUUCCCGGUGAGAAGUACCACUUUUAAAAAACAAGACCUUUGUAUUUCUACACAUAGGUUUAAAUGCAGUGUUCCGCUGCUCAAUGUUUUAUUCUCUAAUUCUAUCCAAUAUAUCAUUUAUAUCACAAUGCAAGAUAUAUAUAGUAUACCUUUAUAGUCUAUGUUUUGGGGUUGUAAUCCGAUUCAUGAUGUGGAUUUUUCCCCGCUAUUAUUGUUUUGUAUAUUAU